AUGUCGACGAAUCGCGAAUGGCCGACGGUGGCGGUGCUUCUGCUGUGCAGUAUGCUGACGUCAUGGGGAGCGCUGACAGCUCCAGUGCAGGGACAGACGAUUGACAGUAGCCAGUUGCAAGCAUUAUGGGACAUGCAGACGUCAUGGGGGGUGACUUUCGACCAAUGGGACACCAACGGAGACUGCAGCAUCGCGUACAACAUAUCAUGCAACGCUGACGGCAUGGUGACGUGGAUAGACAUCUCGGGGCUGGAUCUGGGAGGGCCUCUCCCCGCCACCAUCGGUGACCUAGCGGCUCUCUCACACCUGACAUUGGAUAGGGACGGCAUCACGGGCUCCAUCCCAUCCACUAUUGGCCAGCUCACUGCCCUCACCUGGUUCUCUAUGGCUCGCAACAGCCUCACUGGCAGCUUCCCCAAAACCUUCACCAACCUGGUCAAUCUGAGAGACGUCUCCCUCUAUGCCAACCAACUCAGCGGCCCUCUUCCCGACUUCAGACUCUUUCGCAACCUGCUCCAAUGGGGUUCAUCGAGCAACAACCUAACAGGGUCUAUUUCAUCACAUAUUGGCGACUGCUCAGGAUUGAUAGCUCUGUACCUCCAGGACAACCAUCUGUCAGGCAGCAUUCCAGACUCCAUCACAAACCUAAGGGGCCUCACACACGUUGACCUUUCGUACAACAGUCUGUCUGGCAGCAUCCCUUCCAAUAUUGGCACCCUCAGCUGGCUCACCUCCCUCUCGUUGCACAAGAAUCGCAUUGGUGGCAUUGUUCCCGAUUCCAUUACCACGAUGCUCGCCUUGUCACACCUCGACCUAUCCUACAACCAGCUCUCUGGCACCCUGCCGGCCAACAUCGGUAACCUUCAGAAGCUCGUCGACCUCUACGUCGGCAACACGGACAUGCAAGGGAGCUUACCCGAGACCCUUGCAACAAUGACCAACCUCAAAACCUUAUCGUAUGACGGCCUGCUCAUGUCGUGCCCCACAGGGGCAUGCACCGUUGAUGCUGUCAACACCACCCUCUUCUGCUCCGACUGCUCUGUCUUCUGCUCCUCUUGCGGUGCCACACCUGCGCAACCCUCCUCUCCAGUCCCAGCCAGCCCUCCGCCCGCCCCUCCUUCCUCCCCCUCGCCACCUGCCCCUUCCCCUUCCCCCCCGUCCGCGGAGGGGGGAGGGGGGGUGUCGACAGGGGUGGUUGUGGGGGUGGUAGUGGGAGCAGUGGUGCUGUUGCUGGGAGUGGUGCUUGUAGCGGUGUGCUUGUAUCAGAGGAAGCGCAAGGCAAGAGCAGCAGCAGAUCAAGCAGCAGCGGCGGGGAUAUCUGGGGGCGGGCAGUGCCAGCGCUACCCCUUGGCGGACGUGCAGCGGGCGACCAACAACUGGGCAGAGGCCAACCGGAUUGGCAGCGGCGGUGCAAUGCGGUGUACCACCCAGCUAGUGUGCAGUGGGUCUGGGGAUGUGUUCAGGGUAGUGUUGCAAGAUGACCCAUCAGUGGUUGGGGCUGUGAAGCGAGCCACCGUCAUCACAAGUGACUUCCGCUGGGAGAUCAACGAGAUGGCGUCAAAGCACCACCCCAACCUCAUGCCCUUCCCCCCCCCACCUCCUCUCCUUCCCGUUCCCUCCCCUUCCCCCCCUUUCCCCUCACCACAGAUCAACGAGAUGGCAUCGAAGCACCACCCCAACCUCGUGCGGCUACUGGGCUACUGCAUCGAGGUGGAUAAGGCAGCUGAGAGCACGGAGCAGAUUCUCAUCUAUGAGUUCAUGGAUAAUGGGGAUCUGGAGAGGUGGAUUGGACCAGGUGUUGAGAAGCCGCUGACCCUGCGGCAGCGCUUUGACGUGCUCAUCGGGGUGGCUCAGGGCUUGCAGUACCUCCACAGCUUCAACAUUGUUCAUCGCGACAUCAAACCCGCCAACAUCCUUCUUGACAAGAAAAUGCAGACCAAGAUAGCUGACUUUGGGCUGGUGAGGAUGGGCGAGGGCACUGCAGUGGGUCACACGCGGGUGAUGGGAACGCCAGGCUAUGUAGAUCCCGCUUAUUUCAAGUCGCAGAAGGCCACGCCAGCCGCAGACGUGCAUAGCUUCGGAGUGGUGAUGCUGACAGUCAUUACUGCCCGCAAGGCUCUAGACUCUUUGGACGACAACCAAGUAAACCUCAAGAAAUGGGUGGAACCAUUCUUGGAGGCCGGAAAUGCAGAUGCUAUCAAAGACCCGCGGCUGGACGCCCCCAGCGAUGUGGUGCUCAAGCUCGCCUGCUUCGCCCUCUCCUGCACCGCCACGCCCGUGGCCACCCGCCCGUCCAUGGCGCGCAUUCUCUCCGACCUCAUCGCCAUGAAGGAGGAGUUCCUCGGAGCUGAUGUGGAUCCAGUGCUGGUGAAUAUUGACAGUGACCUGGCAGAUCGCAAGGGCUCGAACUUCUCGCAGGAGAUUCGGCGGGCACAAGAGGUGGCCUCGGAGCGUGAAGGGGUGUCGGGUUUGAGCAUUGGGAUGGUGUCAAUUGGGGAGAUGGAUUCCUCUGAUAGCGGUGUAUGA